AUGAGCGAAUCCUUUCUCACAACUACUUCCUACUCCUCGAUCGCCACGAUCCUAGCUGUUCUCUGCUGCUGGAUCCUUCAUCGAGAUACAGAGACUACAGGUGGUCACGGUGUCGUUUUCACUGCCGGAAUCUUUGGAACGAUCAGUUUGUCGCGAAUGUGGAAGUUUACGUAUUUCUCUAGAUACGGAUUGUCCGUGAAACAUGUCCGAGUUAUGACCACAGCGAUCGUUGCCAUAAUCUGCGGUCUGUUGGCUGUUUUGGACUCUUACACGGUGUAUCUUAUGACGAGAACUAAGAGGAGGAGGUACUUGAUCGAACGAGGGGAGAAUUGGAGAACAGUGUACAAACACUCGGAGGCCACGUUCCUCGAUAGGAUCACCUUCCAUUGGAUGAUCGAGCUGCUAUCCAAGGGAUACGGCACGCCCCUGGACAACCACGACCUAGGACAACUUCCGGAGGAGGAAUCCACUGGCAGACAGUUCGAGAAGUUUCGGAAAGUUUACGAGAAACACAGGAUGAGCGAAUCCUUUCUCACAACUACUUCCUACUCCUCGAUCGCCACGAUCCUAGCUGUUCUCUGCUGCUGGAUCCUUCAUCGAGAUACAGAGACUACAGGUGGUCACGGUGUCGUUUUCACUGCCGGAAUCUUUGGAACGAUCAGUUUGUCGCGAAUGUGGAAGUUUACGUAUUUCUCUAGAUACGGAUUGUCCGUGAAACAUGUCCGAGUUAUGACCACAGCGAUCGUUGCCAUAAUCUGCGGUCUGUUGGCUGUUUUGGACUCUUACACGGUGUAUCUUAUGACGAGAACUAAGAGGAGGAGGUACUUGAUCGAACGAGGGGAGAAUUGGAGAACAGUGUACAAACACGCGGAGGCCACGUUCCUCGAUAGGAUCACCUUCCAUUGGAUGAUCGAGCUGCUAUCCAAGGGAUACGGCACGCCCCUGGACAACCACGACCUAGGACAACUUCCGGAGGAGGAAUCCACUGGCAGACAGUUCGAGAAGUUUCGGAAAGUUUACGAGAAACACAGGGAAAAGCACAAAAAAUGGUCUCUCUGGAAAUGUUUCUGGAAGAGAAUAUGGUGUCCCUUUGCAAUAGGAGGUUUAUUAAAGUUAUUGGGAGACGCUGCAGCCCUCGUAGGACCAAUGUCCAUCUCCAAAAUUCUGGAUUACGUUUCAGCAUCGCAGAAUAGGACAUUGAAGCCUCUAAACCCCACGGGUGUCAUGACAUUUUCGGAGAUCUACCAAAAUGGCUACUUUCUCAGUCUUCUGGUGUUCUUCUUCGCUUUAUUGCAGAGCACUCUAAGCCAGGCCUCCACUCAUAUUCUCUGCGUCGAGGGGAUCCGCUUGAAGUCUUCUCUUCAGGCGUUGCUGUACGAUAAAGCACUGCGUUUGUGCUCCUGGAGCAUCGUCGAGGAGGAGAAUCCGCCGGAUAAGGAGAAAGAACAUGAUAAAUUUCAGCAAUCCGCCGAUAUUGGCACUUUGACCAAUUUGAUAUCCGAGGAUGUUUACAAUGUGAUGAGUUUCUUCUGGAUUGGACACUAUACUUGGGCGAUUCCAUUGAAGAUCACUGCCAUAAUUUUUCUUCUUUACACAAAAUUGGGAGUCAGUGCUAUCAUUGGUGCACUAUGGUGCAUACUUAUAAUAACUCCGUUGCAGCUGAUGCUUGGAAAGAAAAUGUCGGAAAAUUCUAAAUCAAUCUCUAAAAGUAGCGAUGCUAGACUACGUCUGGUGAACGAAAUCUUCCAGGGAAUUAGGCUGGUGAAGCUCAGAGCAUGGGAGAACAUUUUCGAGAGGAAAAUAAGGAGCACGAGAGACGAAGAGUUGAAGAUGCUGGACAAAGAUUCCUUUUAUUGGACUCUUAUCAUCGAGGCUGGAAACGUUUUCGCCAGUUUGGCUCUGUUUUCACAGCUCACAGUCCCUCUCUUAAUUUUUCCAGUUAUGAUUCCUAUCAUCAUUAACGCCAAGAUUUCCACGAGGAGAAUAGAGGAGUUUCUUGAGCUCCCAGAAAUCGAGAACGUCUUACCAAAUCCUGAAGAAAAAGUAGAGGUCGUCGAGAGUCCGCCGUCGCAGAAUAAUUCUGUCGACGAGAAUACUGUGGAGACUAUGAAGGCACACAAUGCUCCCACUUUUGGGUCACUGGACAGUAUCAAAGAGGACGAAGAAGAUGGUCAAUCCUGUGGUUUGAGGGAUUUCAAACUAGAGAUAGCUUCAUCUGUCGACACGGUGUUUGAGAAGGAUCCAGAGGUUCCUGUGCUCAGGAUGAAGUCCUGUGGAUUUUCCUGGGGCACUGAGGAGAGCCUGCUAUCAAUCGCCGAUCUAAACUUUCCACGCGGUCAGCUGACUUUAAUCGUUGGAAAAAUAGGAAGUGGGAAGACUUCUCUUCUAUUGGGAAUGUUAGGGGAGAUCCAGAGGACAGCAGGAUCGAUCGAAUGGUCAAGAGGUUCCAAGAUUGCCUAUGUGGCCCAGAAAGCAUGGCUCCAAAACGCCACCCUGAGGGACAAUAUCCUCUUCGGAUCACCCUUCAAAUUGAAAAGAUACAGAAACGUUCUAAAAGCCUGCGCUCUGCAACCAGACGUAGACAUACUUCCUGGUCGCGAUUUGACGAGGAUAGGCGAAAAGGGGAUCAAUUUGAGCGGAGGACAGAAGCAAAGAGUGACUAUAGCAAGAGCUCUCUACAGUGACGCAGACAUCGUAAUAAUGGAUGAUCCAUUGUCUGCGUUGGAUCACCAAGUCGGCCAGCACAUCUUCGAUCAGGGAAUCCGGAAGCUGCUACUGAGAAGUGGUCGUACAGUGAUCAUGGUCACUCACAGACUAGAAUUAUUAUCCACUGCUCAUCAAGUUGUCGUUAUGGACGGAUCUCGAGUGAGAGCAGUCGGUACCAAGUCGGCAAUUGAAGACUCUGAUCCAGUAUUGGCUCUCGAAUGGCGGAAAACAGCGAGGAGGAAAGACGAAGGACCUCGCGCUCACAGAACAGCUAAAGAUAGAUGGUCUUUGAUCAGGCUGGUGUCUAGAAUAGGCAUCAACGUGAAGAAGAAGCAACCUGACGAUGGAUCGUGGAUCACUGAUCAAGAUGCUCACGUGAAUCCUCCAGGUUUCGUGCCACUCAGAAUGCGACGAACCACUCUGUCAGGAUCGAGAUACUUGGCCCACGAUCUGACAGACCUUCCAGUACCCACGGAAGAGUGGAACGUAACGAAGAAGAAAUUCAAAUGGCAUCGAAACGCUGUUAGAUCGACCAGCCUUCAGCCUCAGAGGCUUCCGCCGCCUGUUCUUCGUCAGAACAGCACUCCAACUAUUCUCGAAAGCCACUACGUCGUCCCUAGGAAGAGGAAUAACACUUUCGACGGUGGACAGCGGAGCAGUGUUUUGAGGCAGCUGUUUUCCGGCGGAAUUAUCAGUCCGCACCCCGACGAAGUUACGGUGAACAGAGACAAAGGUGUUCUGAGAAGAUUGAUACCUUCCAGUUCCAGCAGACAGGCUCACUAUAGCUUGAAGAAGACCAAUCAGGAUCAGGAGAACGAUCAUUUUCCCGUGAAACGACUGAUCUCUGUGGAGUCUAAGGGAACCAACGAGAGCGACGAAGUCGAAGGAAAAAUCUUUGACACGGAGGAGCAAGAAGAAUCUCAGAGCGAAGACAGAAGUGGAACACUCGCGGGAAUGAUUUUCUUCGAGUACGCAAAAGCUGGGGGUUGGCUGUUAGGUCUGACUUACGCGGGAGUAGCGAUUUCCUGUCAAGCUUUGCGAGUUUACAUCGAUCUCUGGCUAAGUCGCUGGACAGAUAAGGAUAACGCAAACUUCUCUCAAGAAAAUCACAGUACUGUAUUCUAUUUCAAAGUCUACAUCGUCCUAUCCGUCACGUUUAUACUCUUGUCCUUCGUGUGCAACGUGACUGGGCAAUGGACAGGUGCCAAAGCUAGAAGAAAACUGCACGAAGAAGCUGUGUCCAGGCUUCUCAGGGUGCCUGUGUCAUUUUUCGAGUGCAAUCCUGUCGGGAAAAUUUUGAACAGGUUCAGUGCUGACACUGGAGUCAUCGACAAGAAAAUAUCCAUGUCGAUUCAAAGACUGACGUUCUUCAUCCUACUGUGCGGCUCGGCGAUUAUAGUGAACGUAAUCAUCUCUCCCUGGUUCUUCAUUGCUGCUGUGCCUACUUUUGCAGCUUACUAUCUAGUCCAGAGAUUCUACAGACGAAGUGCUAGGCAUUUGCAAACGUUAGACGCUAGCACUCGGUGGCCAAUUACGACGCACUUUUCUGAGACACUCUGCGGAUUGGCAACCAUAAGAGCUUCCAAACAGGAGACCCGUUUCACCGAGCAAGCCAUGAAGUGUUUAGACUCGAAUACAAACGCGUUUCUGCUUCUGAAUUCUAGCAAUCGAUGGCUGGGAAUUACUUUGGAUUAUCUAGGUGCAGUGGUAGUAGGAUCAGCGACAUUUGCAGCCCUACUUUCCUCAGAAUUGUAUCCAAAUCGUGUGACACCUGCUCUAGUUGGUCUAGCUAUUAAUUACAUUCUCCUAGUACCGAUUUAUUUGAACUGGGUGGUGAUGUUCACAGCAGAAACUGAGAUGUACUUGAGCAGCGUGGCUCGAAUCUCAGCGUAUAGAUACGCUCCUGUCGAGAAUUAUCAGCAAAAUGACUCGUCUGUGUCUGAGAAUUGGCCUAGCAAAGGUGAGAUCAUCUUUGAAAAUGUCUGUCUGAGACACGACUCGCAAAGGGAACCAGUGAUAUCGAAUCUGAUCCUGAAGAUUCCUGCAGGUCAAAAGAUUGGUAUUUGUGGGAGAACCGGAAGUGGCAAGUCCUCCACAGUGAUGUCGCUCUUUCGACUGCUAGACAUUACUCAGGGGCGUAUAUUGAUCGACGGAGAAGACGUUCGCCACGUUCCGUUGGAAAUCCUUCGAUCGCGACUGUCAGCGAUUCCUCAGGAUGUGAUCAUGUUCAGUGGUACCAUUAGAGAGAAUUUGGAUCCUCUGUCGGAGCACGAAGAUCGAGAUCUCUGGGAAGCUCUGGAAGUGGCGCAAAUUAAGGACAUCGUGGCUUCACACUCCGAAGGGCUCAACUUCGAGGUGAAAGAAGGAGGCGAGAAUUUCUCUUCCGGACAAUUGCAACUACUGUGCAUGGCGCGAGCGAUCCUCCGGAAGUCCUCGAUCGUCGUCCUGGACGAAGCGACAAGCGCGCUCGACGCCGCUACCGAGAAGAGCCUCUUGAGAGCAGUUUCAACUGCUUUCGAGAAUAGAACAGUGAUAGCUAUCGCGCAUCGAGUGGCCGCAUUGCUGGACUGCGAUCGAAUAAUCGUGUUCCACGAGGGUAAAAUCGUGGAAGACGGUUCGCCGAUGGAUUUAACUCGACGACAAGGCGGUUUGUUCGCGAGUAUGCUGAAGUCGAACGACGAGAAUUAGGACAGGUGAGAGGUGGAGGAACGAGAGCGAUAAGCUCGAUGGAAUCUGAAGACUGGUACAUACCUGGUGCCUC